GAUGGCCGAACGCUUCGGUUCCGCUCUUGCCCGCGGCCCCGAGCCUCAUUCAUUGCCGCGCUGCUGAGCAAAACUGCGAGCAGGUCCGAGGGCUCCAGAGGCUGUUCCCGCGGGGCGGGAGGCCGCCAUGGCGACCCUGGAAAAGCUGAUGAAGGCCUUCGAGUCCCUCAAGUCCUUCCAGCAGCAGCAGCAGCAGCAGCAACAGCAGCAGCAGCCGCCGCCGCCACCUCAGCCCCCUCAGCCGCCGCCGCCGCCUCAGCCGCAGUCGCCGCCGCCGCCGCCGCCCGGACCGGCCGUGGCCGAGGAGCCGCUGCACCGACCAAAGAAAGAACUCUCGGCCACCAAGAAAGACCGUGUGAAUCAUUGUCUGACAAUAUGUGAAAACAUAGUGGCACAGUCUCUCAGAAACUCUCCAGAAUUUCAGAAACUUCUGGGCAUUGCUGUGGAACUUUUUCUGCUGUGCAGUGAUGAUGCAGAGUCGGAUGUCAGGAUGGUGGCCGACGAGUGCCUCAACAAAGUCAUAAAAGCUUUGAUGGAUUCUAAUCUUCCGAGGUUACAGUUAGAACUCUAUAAGGAAAUUAAAAAGAACGGUGCUCCUCGGAGCCUGCGCGCUGCCCUGUGGCGGUUUGCCGAGCUGGCUCACCUCGUCCGGCCUCAGAAGUGCAGGCCUUACUUGGUAAACCUUUUGCCUUGCCUGACGCGCACAAGCAAGAGGCCCGAGGAGUCUGUCCAGGAGACCUUGGCUGCGGCCGUCCCUAAGGUUAUGGCUUCUUUCGGCAACUUUGCAAACGACAAUGAGAUUAAGGUUCUGUUAAAGGCCUUCAUAGCGAAUCUGAAGUCCAGCUCUCCUACCGUGCGGCGGACGGCGGCUGGCUCGGCGGUGAGCAUCUGCCAGCACUCCAGGCGGGCGCAGCACUUCUACAGCUGGCUGCUCAGUGUGCUCGUAGGUUUGCUCGUUCCCGUGGAGGAGGAACACUCCACCCUUCUGAUUCUCGGAGUGCUGCUUACAUUGAGGUAUUUGGUGCCCUUGCUGCAGCAGCAGGUCAAGGACACGAGCCUGAAAGGCAGCUUUGGCGUGACACGGAAAGAGAUGGAGGUCUCUCCCUCGACGGAGCAGCUUGUCCAGGUGUACGAGUUGACCUUGCAUUAUACUCAGCACCAAGACCACAAUGUUGUGACCGGGGCACUGGAACUCCUGCAGCAGCUCCUCAGAACCCCUCCCCCUGAGCUCCUGCGAGUGCUGACCACGGCGGGCGGCAUCGGGCAGCUCACUGCCGCUAAGGAUGAGCCCGGUUGCCGAAGUCGUAGCGGAAGUAUUGUGGAGCUUAUAGCUGGAGGGGGUUCUUCAUGCAGCCCUGUCCUUUCAAGAAAACAAAAAGGGAAAGUGCUCUUUGGAGAAGCAGCAGCCUUGGAGGAUGACUCUGAGUCAAGGUCAGACGGCAGCAGCCCCACCUUUGCAGCCUCAGUCAAGGGUGAGAUUGGCGGUGAGCUGGCUGCCUCUUCUGGGGUCUCCACUCCCAGCUCAGCUGCCGACUCUGUGGGUCACGACAUCAUCACUGAGCAGCCCCGGUCACAGCACACACUUCAGACGGACUCGGCGGAUCUGACUGGCUGUGACUUGACGAGUGGUGCCACUGAUGGGGACGAGGAGGACAUCUUGAGCCACAGCUCCAGCCAGAUGAGCGCCGUCCCGUCUGACCCUGCCAUGGACCUGAACGAUGGGACCCAGGCCUCCUCUCCUAUCAGUGACAGCUCCCAGACCACCACCGAGGGGCCCGAUUCAGCUGUGACCCCUUCCGACAGUUCUGAAAUUGUGUUAGAUGGUGCCGACAGCCAGUACCCAGGGAUGCAGGCGGGGCAGCCCCAGGACGAGGACGAGGACGCUGCUGUGGUUCUUCCUGAUGAAGACGCGGAGGCUUUCAGAAACUCUUCCCUCGCCCUUCAACAAGCACAUUUGUUGAAAAGCAUGUCCCACAGCAGGCAGCCCUCUGACAGCAGUAUAGAUAAAUUUGUCUCAAGAGAUGAAGCUGCUGAGCCAGGAGAUCAGGAAAACAAGCCCUGCCGGAUUAAAGGCGACAUUGGCCGGUCCAGGGAUGAAGAUUCUGCUCCUCUUGUCCAUUGCGUCCGCCUUCUGUCCGCUUCAUUUUUGCUAACUGGGGAAAAGCACGCCUUGGUUCCGGAUAGGGACGUGAGGGUCAGCGUGAAGGCACUGGCGCUCAGCUGUGUUGGAGCUGCUGUGGCCCUUCACCCUGAAUCUUUCUUCGGCAGACUUUACAGAGCACCGCUUGACACCAUGGAAUACCCUGAGGAGCGGUACGUGUCAGAUAUCUUGAACUACAUCGACCACGGGGACCCACAGGUCAGAGGGGCCACAGCUAUCCUCUGUGGGACCCUUGUCUCCUCCAUCCUCAGCAGGUCCCGCUUCCACGUGGGAGACUGGAUGGGCACCGUCAGAGCUCUGACAGGAAAUACAUUUUCUCUGGCGGACUGCAUUCCCCUGCUGCAGAAAACUUUGAAGGACGAAUCUUCUGUUACUUGCAAGUUGGCUUGUACAGCUGUGAGGCUCUGCGUCAUGAGUCUCUGCAGCAGCAGCUACAGCGAGUGGGGGCUGCAGCUCCUCACUGAUGUGCUGGCCCUGCGGAGCAGCUCCUACUGGCUGGUGAGGACGGAGCUUCUGGAGACUGUGGCAGAGAUCGACUUCAGGUUGGUGAGCUUUUUGGAGGCAAAAGCAGAAAACCUACACAGAAGGGCCCAUCAUUAUACAGGGCUUUUAAAACUGCAAGAACGAGUGCUCAAUAACAUUGUCAUCUAUUUGCUUGGGGAUGAAGACCCCAGGGUGCGCCAUGUUGCUGCAGCUUCGUUAAUGAGGCUUGUCCCGAAGCUGUUUUAUAAGUGUGACCAAGGACAGGCUGACGCAGUCGUGGCCAUGGCGAGAGGUCAAAGCAGCGUUCACCUGAAGCCUCUCAUGCACGAGGCACAGCCUCCAUCUCACUUCUCCGCCAGCACCAUAACCAGAAUAUAUAGAGGCUAUAACCUACUACCAAGCAUAACAGACGUCACUAUGGAAAAUAACCUUUCGAGAGUCAUUGCAGCAGUUUCUCAUGAGCUAAUCACAUCAACCACGAGGGCGCUCACAUUUGGAUGCUGUGAAGCUCUGUGUCUUCUUUCAACUGCCUUUCCAGUUUGCAUUUGGAGUUUAGGUUGGCAUUGUGGAGUGCCCCCGCUGAGCGCCUCCGACGAGUCUCGGAGGAGCUGUACCGUGGGCAUGGUCACCAUGAUCCUGACCUUGCUUUCGUCAGCCUGGUUCCCACUGGAUCUCGCAGCCCAUCAAGACGCUUUGAUUUUAGCCGGGAACUUGCUUGCAGCGGGCACCGUGUGCAGGUACCGUCCCAGGCACGGGGGCCGUGAGAAAGUAUGGUGUGUGGUCUCCGUUCCCAAGUUGAAUGGAGCCAGUGCCCCCAGAUCUCUGAGGAGUUCCUGGGCCUCCGAAGAAGAGGCCAGCCCUGCGGCCACCAAGCAGGAAGAGGUGUGGCCGGCUCUGGGUGACCGGACCCUGGUGCCCAUGGUGGAGCAGCUCUUCUCCCACCUGCUGAAGGUGGUCAACAUCUGUGCACACGUCCUGGAUGACGUGGCUCCUGGACCAGCAAUAAAGGCAGCCUUGCCGUCUCUAACAAACCCGCCUUCUCUGAGUCCGAUCCGACGGAAGGGAAAAGAGAAGGAACCCGGAGAGCAGGCGUCUGUCCCCGCGAGUCCCAAGAAAGGCGGUGAGGCCAGUCCAGCCUCUCGACCAUCUGAAACCUCGGGGCCUGUUGCAGCACCCAAGUCCUCGUCACUGGGGAGUUUCUGUCACCUUCCUUCUUACCUCAAAUUGCACGAUGUCCUGAAAGCUACACACGCAAACUACAAGGUCACCUUGGAUCUUCAGAGCAACACCGAAAAGUUUGGGGCUUUUCUGCGCUCUGCCUUGGAUGUUCUCUCUCAGAUUCUAGAGUUGGCAACACUGCAGGACAUCGGGAAGUGUGUGGAAGAGAUCUUGGGGUACCUGAAAUCCUGCUUCAGUCGAGAACCAGUGAUGGCAACUGUUUGUGUGCAGCAGUUGUUGAAGACUCUCUUUGGGACGAACUUGGCCUCCCAGUUUGAUGGCUUAUCUUCCAACCCCAGCAAGUCUCAAGGCCGUGCUCAGCGCCUUGGCUCUUCCAGCGUGAGGCCGGGCCUGUACCACUACUGCUUCAUGGCUCCGUACACCCAGUUCACGCAGGCCUUAGCUGACGCCAGCCUGAGGAACAUGGUGCAGGCAGAGCAGGACCUCGACACCUCAGGGUGGUUUGACGUACUUCAGAAAGUGUCCACCCAAUUGAAGACAAACCUCACCAGCGUCGCAAAGAACCGCGCGGACAAGAAUGCUAUUCAUAAUCACAUUCGUUUAUUUGAGCCUCUUGUUAUAAAAGCUUUAAAACAGUACACGACAACAACCUCCGUGCAGUUACAGAAGCAGGUUCUGGAUUUGCUGGCACAGCUGGUUCAGUUACGGGUUAAUUACUGCCUUCUGGAUUCGGAUCAGGUGUUUAUUGGAUUUGUGCUGAAGCAGUUUGAAUACAUUGAAGUAGGCCAGUUCAGGGAAUCAGAGGCAAUUAUUCCAAACAUCUUUUUUUUCCUGGUAUUACUGUCUUAUGAACGCUAUCAUUCAAAACAGAUCAUUGGAAUUCCUAAAAUCAUCCAGCUCUGUGACGGCAUCAUGGCCAGUGGGAGGAAAGCUGUGACACACGCCAUACCAGCCCUGCAGCCCAUAGUCCACGACCUCUUCGUUUUAAGAGGAACCAAUAAAGCUGAUGCAGGAAAAGAGCUUGAAACCCAGAAAGAGGUGGUGGUGUCAAUGUUACUGAGACUCAUCCAGUACCAUCAGGUGUUGGAGAUGCUCAUCCUGGUCCUGCGGCAGUGCCACAAGGAGAGCGAGGACAAGUGGAGGCGGCUGUCUCGGCAGAUAGCCGACAUCAUCCUCCCGAUGUUGGCCAGGCAACAGAUGCACAUUGAUUCUCACGAAGCACUUGGAGUGUUAAAUACGUUAUUUGAGAUUUUGGCCCCUUCCUCCCUCCGUCCCGUGGACAUGCUUUUACGGAGUAUGUUCGUCACCCCAGACACCCUGGCAUCUGUGAGCACUGUUCAACUAUGGAUAUCCGGAAUCCUAGCCAUUUUGAGGGUUCUGAUUUCCCAGUCAACUGAAGAUAUUGUUCUUUCUCGUAUUCAGGAGCUUUCCUUCUCUCCAUAUUUACUCUGCUGUCCGAUAAUUAAUAGGUUAAGAGAUGGGGACAGAAAUUCAGUACUGGAAGAACACAGUGAAGGGAGACAAACGAAGAGUUUGCCAGAAGAAACAUUUUCCAGGUUUCUGCUACAGCUGGUUGGCAUCCUUUUAGAGGACAUAGUUACAAAGCAGCUAAGAGUGGAAAUGAGUGAGCAGCAGCAUACUUUCUACUGCCAAGAGCUGGGCACGCUGCUCAUGUGUCUGAUCCACAUCUUCAAGUCUGGGACAUUCCGGAGAAUCACCGCAGCUGCCUCGAGACUCCUGACGGACGGUGCGGACGGCAGCUUCUACGGCCUGGAGAGCUUGAACGCGUGGGCGCGCUCCAUGGUCCCCACCCACCCGGCCCUGGUGCUGCUCUGGUGCCAGAUCCUGCUGCUCGUCAGCCACACCGACCACCGCUGGUGGGCAGAGCUGCAGCAGACCCCCAAAAGACGCAGUCUGUCCAGCACGAAGUCACUUAGUCCCCAGAUGUCUGAAGAGGAUGAGGAUUCUGAUGUGGCUUCCAAACUGGGAAUGUGCAAUAGAGAAAUAGUACGAAGAGGAGCUCUCAUUCUCUUCUGCGAUUACGUCUGCCAGAACCUGCACGAUUCAGAGCACUUAACCUGGCUCAUCGUCAACCACAUCCAGGAUCUGAUCAGCCUGUCCCACGAGCCUCCCGUUCAGGACUUCAUCAGUGCCGUCCAUCGGAAUUCCGCGGCCAGUGGCCUUUUCAUCCAGGCAAUUCAGUCUCGUUGUGAAAAUCUUUCAACUCCCACCGCACUGAAGAAAACCCUCCAGUGCCUGGAAGGGAUCCACCUGAGCCAGUCGGGCUCCGUGCUGGCGCUGUACGUGGACAAGCUUUUGUGUACUCCAUUCCGUGUGCUGGCUCACAUGGUCGACACCCUUGCUUGUCGCCGGGUGGAGAUGCUUCUGGCUGCAAAUUUGCAGAACAGCACGGCCCAGCUGCCGGCAGAAGAGCUAAGCAGGAUCCAGGAGCACCUGCAGAGCAGCGGGUUAGCGCAGAGACACCAAAGGCUCUACUCCCUGCUGGACAGGCUUCGUCUCGCCACUGCACCGGCGUCCCGUGGCCCCGCUCCUCUGGUCACGCCCCACCCGCUGGACGGGGACGGGCCCCUGGCACUGGAGACAGUGAGUCCUGACAAAGACUGGUACGUACGUCUGGUUAAAUCCCAGUGCUGGACGCGGUCAGACUCGGCACUGCUGGAAGGGGCAGAGCUGGUGAAUCGGAUCCCUCCGGGUGACUUGAGCGCGUUCAUGAUGAACUCGGAGUUCAACCUGAGCCUGCUAGCCCCGUGCUUGGGCCUGGGCAUGCGUGAGAUCUGUGGGGGCCAGAAGAGCCCCCUUUUUGCAGCAGCUCGCACGGCAACUCUAGACCGUGUGACCAGUGUGGUUCAGCAGCUGCCCGCUGUCCACCACGUUUUCCAGCCGUUCCUGCCUGCAGAGCCCACCGCCUACUGGAGCAAGUUGGAUGAUCUCUUUGGGGAUGCCGUGCUGUAUCGGACCCUGACCACUCUGGCCCGGGCCCUGGCCCAGUACCUGCUGGUGUUCUCCAGACUGCCCAGCCACUUGCACCUUCCUCCUGAGAAGGAGAGGGACACCGUGAAGUUUGUGGUCAUGACCAUCGAGGCCCUGUCGUGGCAUUUGAUCCACGAGCAGAUCCCGCUGAGUUUGGACCUGCAGGCGGGCCUGGACUGCUGCUGCCUGGCUCUGCAGCUGCCCGGCCUCUGGAGCCUGCUCUCCUCCCCGGAGAUGGUGACCUACGCCUGCUCCCUCAUCCACUGUGUGCGGUUCAUCCUAGAAGCCAUUGUGGUGCAGCCUGGGGACCAGCUUCUCAGUCCAGAAAGAAGGACGAACACCCCACAGGCCGCCAGGGAGGACGAAGUGGAUUCAAACACACAGAACCCUCAGUAUGUCACUGCAGCCUGUGGGAUGGUGGCCGAGAUGGUGGAGGCACUGCCGCUGGUGCUGGCCUCGGGCCACAAGAGGAACAGCCGCGCCCCGGCGUUCCUCACGCCGGUGCUCAGGAACAUCGUCGUCAGCCUGGCCCGCCUGCCCCUCGUCAACAGCUACACGCGCGUCCCGCCCUUGGUGUGGAAACUCGGAUGGUCACCCAAACCAGGAGGGGAUUUUGGCACCGUGUUCCCCGAGAUUCCCGUGGAGUUCCUCCAGGAAAAGGAAGUCUUCAAAGAGUUCAUCUACCGCAUCAAUACGCUAGGGUGGACCAGCCGCACCCAGUUUGAGGAAACGUGGGCCACCCUCCUCGGUGUCCUGGUGACUCAGCCCCUCGUGAUGGAGCAAGAGGAGAGCCCACCCGAAGAGGACACGGAGAGGACCCAGAUCCACGUCCUGGCCGUGCAGGCCAUCACCUCCCUGGUGCUGAGCGCGAUGACCGUGCCCGUGGCCGGCAACCCAGCCGUGAGCUGCUUGGAGCAGCAGCCCCGGAACAAGCCCCUGAAGGCUCUCGACACCAGGUUCGGGAGGAAGUUGAGCAGCAUCAGAGGAAUCGUAGAGCAGGAAAUUCAGGCGAUGGUUUCCAAGAGGGAGAACGUCGCCACCCAUCAUUCGUACCAGGCGUGGGACCCCAUCCCUUCUCUGGCUCCAGCCGCUACAGGUGCCCUCAUCAGCCACGACAAGCUCCUGCUGCAGGUCAACCCCGAGCGGGAGCUGGGGGACACGAGCUACAGCCUCGGCCAGGUGUCCAUCCAUUCCGUGUGGCUGGGUAACAACAUCACGCCCCUGAGAGAGGAGGAGUGGGGCGACGAGGAGGAGGAGGAGGCCGAGGCCCCCGCACCGUCGUCCCCGCCCACGUCUCCAGUCAACUCCAGGAAACACCGGGCUGGAGUCGACAUCCAUUCCUGUUCGCAGUUUUUGCUCGAGUUGUACAGUCGCUGGAUCCUGCCGUCAAGUUCAGCCAGGAGGACCCCCGUCAUCCUGAUCAGCGAGGUGGUGCGGUCGCUCCUCGUGGUCUCAGACUUGUUCACGGAGCGCAACCAGUUCGAGACGAUGUAUGUGACGCUGACAGAGCUGCGGAGGGCGCACCCUUCGGAAGAUGAGAUUCUCCAGCAGUACCUGGUACCCGCCACCUGCAAGGCGGCCGCCGUCCUCGGGAUGGACAGGGCGGUGGCGGAGCCGGUCAGCCGGCUGCUGGAGAGCGCGCUCAGGAGCAGCCACCUGCCCAGCAAGAUCGGAGCCCUGCAUGGCGCCCUCUACGUGCUGGAGUGCGACCUCCUGGACGACACCGCCAGGCAGCUCAUCCCCGUCAUUAGCGACUACCUCCUCUCCAACCUCAAAGGCAUGGCCCACUGCGUGAACGUCCACAGCCAGCAGCACGUGCUGGUGAUGUGUGCCACGGCCUUCUACCUGAUGGAGAACUACCCCCUGGACGUCGGGCCGGAGUUCUCGGCAUCCAUAAUACAGAUGUGUGGGGUGAUGCUGUCUGGAAGCGAGGAGUCCACCCCAUCCAUCGUGUACCACUGCGUCCUGAGGGGCCUGGAGCGCCUCCUGCUCUCCGAGCAGCUCUCCCGGCUGGAUGCGGAGUCCCUGGUCAAGCUGAGCGUGGACAGAGUGAACGUGCACAGCCCGCACCGCGCCAUGGCGGCCCUGGGCCUGAUGCUCACCUGCAUGUACACAGGAAAGGAGAAAAUCAGUCCAGGCAGAACCUCAGAGCCCAGCCCUGCUGCCCCUGACAGCGAGUCUGUGAUUGUGGCCAUGGAGCGUGUGUCUGUUCUUUUUGACAGGAUCAGGAAGGGGUUUCCCUGUGAAGCCAGAGUGGUGGCGCGGAUCCUCCCCCAGUUUCUAGACGACUUCUUCCCGCCCCAGGACGUCAUGAACAAGGUCAUUGGAGAGUUUCUGUCCAACCAGCAGCCGUACCCGCAGUUCAUGGCCACUGUAGUGUACCAGGUGUUCCAGACCCUGCACAGCACAGGACAGUCGUCCAUGGUCCGGGACUGGGUCAUGCUGUCCCUCUCCAACUUCACGCAGAGGACACCGGUCGCCAUGGCCAUGUGGAGCCUCUCCUGCUUCUUUGUCAGCGCUUCCACCAGCCCGUGGGUUUCAGCGAUCCUUCCCCACGUCGUGAGCAGGAUGGGCAAGCUGGAGCACGUGGACGUGCACCUCUUCUGCCUGGUGGCCGCGGACUUCUACAGACACCAGAUAGAGGAGGAGCUCGACCGCAGGGCCUUCCAGUCUGUGUUCGAGGUGGUCGCGGUGCCAGGAAACCCGUAUCACCGCCUGCUGGCUUGUUUGCGGAACGUCCACAAGGUCGCCACGUGCUGAGCGCCCACGCGGGCGGGGGCGAGGUGGCGCCAGGACUCGGGGCCCCGGCUGCACCGCGCGGCUCGGCCUCACCGCGCGCAGGGAACGUAUGCAGGAACCUUUGGGGUUGAGCCUGAGUCCUUGCAAGGAGCAGAGAGCAGCCGUUGCUGACCCCUCGUGCUAGAGCUAGCGUUAAACGCCCGUCGCCCGGUGUGUACUUCCUCGUGUGCAGCCCGUCCGCUGUCACCGGGUCCCAGCUGCUCCUGCCUCGGCUCUCGCGGUCGGCCCUUAGCCCCUCUGCUGUCCCGCAGGCGGGAGGUGACGCCACGGGCCUCCCAGAGCACCCCCCCAUCUCCCCAGGGAGGCACGGGGUCCUGGAGUCCCGCUGGCUCCCGCGGGCCCACGUGCCGCGCUGGCGUCGGGCCUGGGCGGGGCGGGGUGGCUGGGAGCACGACGGCCCGCGCCGUUCUCCCCUGUCUCUGUUUUCUUCUCAGGAUUUAAAGUUUAAUUAUAUCAGUAAAGAGAUUAAUUUUAAGGUAACUUUCUACGCCCGUGUA